AUGGAGUCCUGGACUGAUUAUGUCAGAAGCAGACAAGGUAGUAAGCAACAUGGAUGGUAGGGUGUGAGAAAUGAAAGGAGAAUGGAGGGCAUUUUAAAUCCAUAGACGGCGAUGGUACCAGCGAAGCCACGUGACAAGUUUGAGAGGCCAAACCAGAUAUGAACAUUUCUUACAGAUCAACAUCACCUUCGGGCCCCGCAUCAUGAUAUUGCCACCUUUGAUUGAGGCGAUUGCCAGCUGGCUCCGCCCCACCUCUUUUCUCAGACACCCUUCCAGAUACCCCAAUAAUUACGAGCCCCUCCAUUUGCAAUCAAGUCCUAAACUAAAGACUUUUGUAAUUCUCAGUACAAUUAGAUAUUGAAUCCCCUUGUCGACAUUUGUCUUUCUUUCAAUCAUCGGGAUUCAGCCUCUCAAAGCCCACAAAUCGAGAUCCAUUUUUGAACGUUUCAAAAUUGUCCACAACGAUGGGUUACUGGAAAUCCAAGGUUCUUCCAAAGAUCAAGAAAAUUUUUGAGAAAAGCGGUACUAAAAAGACUGCUGCUGCUGAAGCCUGCAAGUCCUUCGAUGAUUCUAAGGAAGAGAUCAAUAAGGACUUUGAAGCCAAGAAAGACGAGCUCCAGCCUAAAGUCAUUGAAAUCUAUGAAGCUUCCUCAACUGAAAUCAAGACUUUGGUUAAGGAACCUAAGGAGGCAGGACUUAAGAACUCCACUGCAGUUCAGAAGUUCCUUGACGAACUCGUCAAAAUCGAAUUUCCGGGAUCAAAAGCAGUAUGUGAAGCAUCUUCAAAGUAUGGACCAGGGUUGGUUUCAGGGCCAGUUCUCUUCUUAUUUGAGAAGGUGUCGACUUUUAUAGUGACAGAAGAGAACGAAGAGGAGUUGCCGCCGCCGACCACCAACACAACUGGUGAAGAAGAAGCAAGCGGGAAGGAAAAGGAGAUAGUGAUUGAAGAAGAGAAGAAAGAAGAGGUAGCGGUGAUGGUUGAAGAACGCGAAGCGACAGAGGCAGUAGCGGCUGCAGCUGAGCCAGCAAAGCCAUGACUCCAAGCGGAUCAACUGAACCCUGUGAAAAGAGCUAGCUCAUUUUACAAAAAAUAAUUUAUUUUUUUUUUAAAAAAAAGGACAAUCAAAAAGAUGAUUUGUUAUUCUUUAUUCUCUUUGCUUUCCUCGUAAAUUUUCUUAUGAUCUGUUUCUCUUAUUUGAUUGGGCCUAUGUGUAUUUGUUUCUGUGAGGAUUCGUUAUAAUGUUAAAGUGAUGGGAACUCGCAUCUCCUCUCCUUCCUUCA